GGUGGAAAAAAGCAGAGAAGCCAGUCGAGCCGAGUGCUUCCGCGCUGAUUCGUGCAUUUUUCACGUCGCAGCUGGGUAGCCCCGGGAAAUGUAAAUAAUAAAUAUAAUAAACGAACCGGUGUCAUGGAGGCUCAGCCGUUGAAUAUACCGGAAAAACCACCACCAUAUUCUGCCGCGACGGCUCCAGCAUUAGUAAAUUCAUCAUGGCAACCGCCUCCUGGAUAUUACAUCAACAAUACUGAAACUAAUCAUCAAGGAAGUUAUAUUCCAUCAUAUGGUGCUACACAUUCUACAACAGUAAUUGUUCCAGAAAUUAUUUUGGUUGGAGGCUGUCCGGCUUGCAGAGUAGGUGUGAUGGAAGAUGAUUACACAUUUCUUGGCCUGCUUUGCGCAAUUCUCUUCUUUCCCAUCGGGAUUGUUUGCUGUAUGCUGUUGAAGACAAAACGCUGUUCGAAUUGUGGUGCAUAUUUUGGCUGACUAAGAACAAUGAUUGCGUAUAUUUUUAUAUAAAGAACAAUUCCAUCUCAAAUAGAUUGAAAGUAAAAUGUAGAUAUUAAUGAUCAAUUAGUUAAUUUUGCAAAUGAUAAAGAUUAUAUUUAGUCUCAGAAUAAUAUAUUUUUAUAGUCAUAGAAUAUAUAUAUCAAUACAUGUGUGUGUAUACAGGAGGUUUAAGAAGAAUAGAAAGAAUGUGAGUGAAAUAAUUAAACUCAGGCAAUAAUAGUUAUACUAAAUUGAGAAACAAUGGCUUUUAAAUGUUUUAUUUUUUAUUGUAAUAUGCAAAAUGUGUGUAAAAUUUGGUGGAAUUUUGUAUGAAAUGUAUUUUCUAGUUAUUAGUUAUAUUUUGCUGUUAUGUACUGUACUCCAUAAUAAUGUUACUUUUAAUCAGUAAAUUAUUUAUUUUCUUCUGAUAUAUUUUCUUCUAAUAAAUUUUAUUCUGACGAUUUUUUUCAUAAUUAUGGAGAAAUGCUUAGAGGUAGGGUAUUAUAUAAUCAUAAAUAUAUAUAUAUAUACAUGUAUAACAUCUUAAAAUUAUGAGAUUAUAUUUGAAGAAAUAUAUUGCGAUAAAUGAUAAAAGUGUGAGUCUGUGUUAAGAAAUUGUUCUGCGCGCGCAUUUUAUAAACAUAUGUUUAUCUGUAUGUCAGAAUAAAUUUAUUAUAUUUCUUCACAAAUUUAUUCAGAGAAAAAGUGCAUUUCUAUAUAAUUCGAUUUUCGUCUUUAUAAUUCAAUAGUCCUUAUUAAUGUGUCAAAAGUCCUCCGGAAGAAGGAGGAAACACACACAUGAAAUAUAUACUUGCCGGGGGUCCGAAACCAAAUUGAACGAAUUCCACCAGAUCCCUCAUGAUAAUGAUUUAUUCUACUGUACAAUAAUGUGUCUUGCAAUAUGUAUAUAUACACCUUACGUAAUAUAUGCUUUGUAAAAGUCCUUAUACAUUA